UUUAGGGUUACUUAUCAUUAGGCUGGGUCUCUUAGGAGCUGUCGUAUUUUCUUAUCCGAGAAUGUCUGAGCCACUUGCUCUCAGUCACUGCCAGUGCUCUGUAGGGUGUGGAAAGCGGGUCUCCUUCAUAUCAGCACAAUGAAAGCGACCUUCUUUGCUCUGUGCACCAUCCCUGCACUUUUAUCUACAGUCUCCGCCCUCAGGUGUGUAUACUGCGCGGCGGUAAUUGACGCCGACAAAGCCUCAGAUUACAAUAUAAACACUACAGAGGCGUACUGUGAUGGUCGUGCAUACAACUGUACUUCAAAAGACCCUGCCUGUACAACUUUAUAUAUUUCCUUCACAAAAUAUGACAAUUCCAGAGAAUCGUAUGUUAAAAGAGGUUGUGUAGGAACAAAGGCCUGCAAUAUUAGCGAGAGCAUUUCAUCGCCUUGGGGGAAGAGUACAUACAGUACAAGCUGCUGCUUUACGGACGGCUGCACACCUCUUCCGCCAGUGUUAAAAGCACCUAACAAAACCAAGAAUGGAGUCUUAUGCCCAGCCUGCUACUCCGAGGAUUUGUAUAAAGAGUGUAAAGCAGAAUAUCCAAUGCAUUGUACUGGGAAAGAAAAAUAUUGCCUGAAUCUUAGAAGAACGACCCAAUUCGAUGUGCAUUCAAUUUCUGUCAGUGGUUGCUCCACGGAGAAUUUCUGCCCAGAAGAUAAAGAUGUAAGAUUUUUAAACAGACCAAAGUAUUUAGAAAACCAUUACUGUAACAAAACGGACAGCAGCCCCAAUCAAAGAACAGGUCAUUUCAUCUGGUGUAGCAUAUGUCACAAUUACAAUGUCAAUAACUGCGAGGGGGCUACACACUUAUGCUCCCCCCAUGACGAUGUCUGCGUGUUCGAAAAAACAAGGAGUAUAUAUGAUGGGAUGAAUGAUGUUGAGAUAGUCAAGCGAUGUGGCCAAUCCCAUGAAUGCAACCGUGCCGGAAGCAUCCGCAGUUCAACCAAGACCAUCCUGAUAAACACCACCUGCUGUGACGAGAGUGUAUGCACGCCGCCUGAGCCAAUCUUGCCUUCUAUCGACGACAAUUCCAAUGGGGUGAUCUGUCCAGCCUGCUUUGUCCCCAACUCUGAUCGAUGUCUUGGCCGCAGUCAUUUAAAAUGCACUGGGAAUGAGAAACGCUGCUUGCACUACAUGAGGACCGAAAAGCAAGAUAUGUUCACUGAGACGCAAAGCUUACAUGGCUGUACCACGGAUGAGAUCUGCGAGGCCGGAUCCAACCUGGUGGUUCCACGUGGACAUUAUUACAAGACCGUCAAGACUCAAAUCUUCUGUAAUAGUGCGAUCGCACCUCGCAGUGAGAGUUACACUUCCCUAAUGCUUGUUGCAACAGCUCUAAUUGUCUUCAAAGUUGACAUAUAGGGCUAGAUUCAGAUAGAUUUGGGCGGCGUAGCGUAUCUCAGAUACACUACGCCGCCGUUAGUUAG